AAGCUAGGACAUUAUGACAAAGCGAGCUGCUCCUGAUAUAAUUAGCAUCUUUUUUAUUGAAGUAUUUUAUGGAAUAAAUGAAUUAAGAAAUAUAACAAAUAAAUAAAUUUCCAUUAAACAAUUUUUCAUUUUAUUACAAAGCACUUUUCCAUAAUAUGCCCCCGUUAAAAUACAAGAAAAUAAAUACUCUACCAGCAAAACUAAUUUCCCAAUAUAAAGUGAAUUGCAAUCAUUUGGGUUCGGACACAUCCGCUUUAACGUGAGUUGAAUAUUAUUUCGCUGAAACUAGAGUAACUGCUGAUAACAGUCUUUAUCUCUGCAUAAACACCAGGGCUUACCUCAGUUCAACAACCCUUGACCUUUUUAUGUUAGGACACUGAAUGGUCUCUGUGUUGAUAGUCACAGUCCCGACAAUGACACAUGUGCCUACUGUAAUUACUGUACUGUUUCUACUUUGACGUGAACAUAAUCCACUGGUGAAGACCCCGGGCGUUAAGUCAGCAUGGCGACCGGACAGCCAACUAAUGCUAUUGGCGUGAGGCACAGGAGCGUCUUAGCUCAUACGCCGGAUGGGAUGGCCAGUCUUGCAGGUAGUGAUUGCAGUGCAAAAAUGGAGGAUGUGGCGCAGUGGCACAAACAUGCGCAGAGGGUGAAGGUGAAGAUCCUGCAGCAGGUCCAGGAUCAGUUGAGUGAUAUUCUAGAAAAGGCGCUGACCGAGCCUGUCCAUGCAUCAGUCAAUGGGAAGACGGCGAAAACUGGUUCAUCCAGGAUGGACGACGGCAAAGUGUUUAUGGACCGAGUGUCACUGCUGGAUGAGCUGUUUGAGAUCAGCCACAUCAGGACCAUCUACCACAUGUUUGUAGCUGUGCUGCUCAUCUUCUGUGUCAGCACGCUGGCUGUCGACUACAUUGAUCAGGGCAGGUUGGUCUUGGAGUUUGAUCUGCUCUUCUACGCCUUUGGUAAGAUGGGAACGGUCACCUGGGUGUGGGUGCUCAUGUUCGUCUACGCCCUGCUGGUUCCCUACUACGCUCUGCUCUUUUGGGGCUCUUUGUACCAUCGCUGCACCUCCAAGCCGGGGCUGUCUCUGGCCACAGCUCUGGUCCUGGCCACCCUCCAGAUCUCUGUUCUUGGACUGUUGCCCGUCUACGCGGUGGUGCGGCACCAGCUGCCGCCGGCCUCCCGGUUCAUCGUUAUACUAGAGCAGAUUCGAUUCCUGAUGAAGAGCUACUCGUUCAUGAGGGAAUCUGCCCCCAUCAUUAUGAAAAAUGCACCAAAAGAAGGGGAGAAAGUCCGCUUCCCGACAUGUUCCAGUUACCUGUACUUCCUUUUCUGUCCUACUCUCAUCUACAGGGAGUCGUACCCAAGGAACACACACAUAAGAUGGAAGUACGUUGCUGUCACUGGAACGAUGAUCUUGGGCUGCCUGUUUUAUAGCUACUUCAUCCUGGUGCGCCUCUGUGUGCCUGUUUUCACGUCGGCGAGCGAGCAGCCGUUUAGCAAACGAGCCAUGGUCCUCGCUGUGUUCCACUCCAUACUACCAGGUAUCAUGCUGCUGCUGUUGUGCUUCUUCGCCUUCCUGCACUGCUGGCUCAACCUCUUCGGGGAGCUCCUCCGCUUCGCCGACAGAAUGUUCUACAAGGACUGGUGGAACUCGACAUCUUUUGCCAACUACUACCGCACGUGGAACGUGGUGGUGCACGACUGGCUCUAUUACUACGGCUACAGGGACUUCCUCUGGCUGUCUAAAAGGAAGUUCCGCACAGGCGCCAUGUUGUCCGUCUUCAUCGUGUCGGCCGUGGUGCACGAGUACGCCUUGGCCAUGGGCUUGGGAUUCUUCUACCCUGUCAUGUUUUUUCUCUUUUCCAUCUUCGGAGUUGUCUUUAACUUCACCAUGAACGACAGGCGUCAGAGUCCCGUCUUCAACAUCAUCAUGUGGGCGUGUCUCUUCCUGGGUCAGGGCGUGCAGGUGUGCCUCUACUGCCAGGAGUGGUACGCGCAAAUACGAUGUCCUCGCACCGGGAAUAGCUUUUGGGAGCUGGUGACGCCUCGCUCCUGGUCGUGCAGCCACCGGAAAUGACCGGCGGAAGACGGAAAGUCGCAAGGGUCAAGAACGGUAUGAAGAAGGAAUGAACCAUCAUGGCAGUUACG